GUGAAACACUUUUUUAGUGGAAAAUAUUAUCGAUGGCCUCAAACGUAUUUACUUUCUUCAGUCAGAUCAAGCGAAAAUGGAUUCAAUAACAUUACCAUAUAGUCUUCAAUUAGAAGUCCCAUUUGAAACUGCUAAACAGGCCAUCAUUGCAGCAUCAACUUUGAGUCCAGAUCCAAUAUUAAAACCUAAUGAAGUAUCGGUCAAUUAUAAAUCUGAUGAAAAUAAAUUAAUUUGUCAAUUUCAAGCUGUAAGUGAUAGAGUAAUAAGAGUGGCUGUCAGUAAUGUCAUAGAAAAUAUAAAGACUAUCAUCGAAUGUAUCGACGAGUUUGAUGGUAAGGAAGAUCAAUACUUUAAUUAAAUUGUUUGCAGACAAUUGUUCUACGAUUUAUUAUGCCAGUACUAUCUUAUGCUGUUUAUAAUGUCCUAACUGAAAACUAAGGCAAUCACGAAGACAUAAUGCUUGCUGUAUCAGUUGCUUAAACAAUAUAAUCUGCUUUA